AUGGCGACCUCGAAACCUAUUGUCUUCCGCAACGGAAGAUUCUUUCGCUCGAAUAAGGCGCCUCCCGGACAGAGAUCCGAGGCCAACUUUGCCGAGGCUCUGGUGAUCCAAGAUGGAAUAAUCACCUUUGUUGGCGAAGCUGCCGCGCCGGAAGUCAAGAAUGCCAUCGACGCAGGUGCCGAGGUCCGCGAUGUUGCCGGCCGUACCGUUCUCCCCGGUCUUGUCGACGGUCAUAUUCACCUGACUCAACUGGGCCAAACGCUGCAGAAGCUCCGCCUCGACGACUGCAAGAGCCUCGCGGACAUCAGAAAGACGAUCAAAGACCAUGCCGUCGCCAACCCGGAUCAGGCACGCAUCUUCUGCAGUGGUUGGAUGCACUUCAUGACUCCCGAGGGCCCUCUGGCUUCUCUCAUUGAUGACCUCGACCCCCGUCCGAUUCUCAUUACGGCAAAGGACCUGCACUCAACCUGGGCCAACACCGCGGCCUUGAAUGAGUUGGACUUGGACAACGAGCCGGACCCUCCUGGUGGUGAGAUCGUGCGCGACCCCAAGACUGGCAAGCCCAGUGGGUUGCUUUCCGAGGCGGCGAGUAUGAAGUUCAUCCCGUUAUACAUGGCCAGAGUUUCCACUCCUGAAGACCGCAUCUCUGCCAUCAAGACCGCUAUCGACGACUACAGCAGCGCCGGUUUCACGGGUCUUGUUGAUAUGGCGAUGGAAGAAGAGGGGUGGAGCGCGUUUUUGGACUAUCGUAAACAGGAGAAGGAAGCUGGCCGGAGACUUCCCAUUCGAUUUGCGGCCUACUGGAUGAUCCUCCCUAGAGACGAUAACGCCGAGAACAUCAAGCAAGUCGAAAGAGCUGCAGAGCUCGCAAGGGAGUUCAACCUUCAGACGGACCCGGAUUGCAGACUUGUUGGAAUCAAGCUUGUGUGCGACGGUAUCAUUGAUGGAUGCACUGCGUCGCUGAAGGAGCCGUACAGUCAUAACAACGACAACUGCGAUCCCGUUUGGUCUCCGGAGCACAUGGGCCCGGUCGUCGAGGCGGCGACCAAGCAUGGUCUGCAAGUUGCUCUUCACGCCAUCGGUGACCGCACAGUAGCCAACGCGAUUGACGUGUUGGAGAAGUACGUCGGCCCCGAGAACCGUCCGCGCAUUGAGCAUCUCGAGGUCACCACGGAGGAGGACGCCAAGAGGUUGGGCAAGCUGGGUAUCACCGCCUCCGUACAGCCUGUUCACUCUGACCCUGCCAUCCUGCGCGCUUGGCCGAAACUCAUCGGUGAACAUCGUUGUGGCCGCGCCUUUGCCUACAGCGAGUUCGCCGACGGCGGAGCUCCUGUGGCUAUCGGUUCUGACGCGCCGACUGCGCCGCAUCACAUCAUCAACAACCUGUACAUUGCAACCACGCGAAGAUCGGCCCGUGAGCCGGAGUUGGAGACGGUCGUGAACCCACACUUUGCCCUGUCUCUGUGCGAUGUGGUGGCUGGAGCCACAGAGGGUGCGGCAAGAAGCUGCUUUUUGGAUGACCGCGUUGGAUCAUUGGACGUUGGGAAGAGGGCGGACUUGGCUGUGUUGGAUCUUGAGUGGGAACCGUCAAAGGCGCUUCAAGCAAAGGUCGUGGAAACUUGGUUCGAGGGACAGAAGGUCUUCUCUACUGAGGCAUAG